CGCCCGCCAUCAAGUCUCUGUCGCGCGCCAGUCGCCUAACCGUCACGUUGCGCGCUGGUCGUGGUAAUCGCACGGCAACGGUCACGUACGUUCCGCUCGUACUCGCGGUAUCCGCCGACACCGCAGUGUGAUAUUUUCGAUUCGUCUGAGUACCAAUAUUUGCGUACCGAGGUAACCGCCGAAAUACCGCUCGCGGGAGGUGCGAUCGUCGAUCAUAUCCGGCCUCGAACCGGUCCGAAACUGUACCCCCUUCCCCCCGUUAGUGGCGCGGACACAUCAUGUACGAUGUGGGCUGAUAACGGACCUAGUCCCUCGAGAGAUAUUUUGACGUGCGAACCCGAGUGACCGUGCGCCACCCGUAAAGGAUAAUUAUAAUAAAAAUUUGUAUUAAAUUUUCAAAAUUAUACGAACGCGUCCGGGUCCGUUUUUACGGACAAACCGCCGCCAAACCACGGAAAAUCGUCGUCCCGCUGCAGCCAUGGUCCGUCCGGUGGUUUUGGCUUUGGCGCUGCUGUUCUGGCUGAACGCCCGUCCAGGAGGAGUUUCGGGUCAAGGUGCCGUGCGUCAGAUUUUCGCCGUCGUACACGGAACUGCGUUGUUGCCAUGUGACAUUGCACCACCGAUACCCCACGAUCCCCUGGACACUGUCAUACUGGUGGUUUGGUACAGAUAUGAGAAAACUGCGAUAUAUAGCGUGGACAUCCGAGACAAGUUUACGGACCCAAACAAGUCACAUUGGAAAGACGAGUCGUUGGAGGGCAGGUCACACUUCCGAAUGCUAUCCGAACCGGCCAUGUUAACCAUCGAUAACGUAUCGGAAAUGGACGCCGGAAUUUACAGAUGUCGAGUAGACUUUCGGAAAUCACCGACCAGAAACUCCCGACUGAACCUAACAGUUAUUGUGCCACCACAGAAACCGGUCAUCCUGAGCGAGUACAACGAGGAGAUAGAACACACAGGACCGUUCUACGAGGGAGAUCGAGUGAAGUUGACAUGCAUGGUAUCUGGAGGUCGCCCAGAACCAAAGGUCAGAUGGUGGCGGGGAGAGACGUUAAUGGAUACCGGAAACGAAGGGAUUUCCGGACAAUUUACAGCAUCAUCAUCGUCGGUGAAACAAAACGAAAUGACUAUCGAAGCGCUGGGCCGGUACGACCAGGGAGCCGUGUACACUUGCCAGGCUUCAAACAGCAACUUGUCCGCCCCAGUCAGUGCCAGCGUCACGAUCGAAAUGUACCUGAAACCUUUGGAAGUGCAAGUGCUCAGCAGCAGGCAGCCGCUUAGUUGUGGCAGGACGUACGAGGUGCAGUGUCAAGCGGUGGGAUCCAAGCCGCCGGCCAACGUGACGUGGUGGAAGGACAAUGAGAGGUUGACCAAUGCUACACAGACCGUAUCACCAGAUGGCAACGUAACAUCAUCCACUUUAACUUUCCAACCAACAAAAUCAGAUAAUGGUAAAUCAUUGGUAUGCCGUGCCGAGAACCAAAACGUACAACAGUUAGAGGAGAUGGCUGGUGGUAAAGUGGAAGACUCAUGGACAAUUGAUGUGCACUACGUACCGAUAUUGAAACUGGCUUUGGGAAUCAACAUGAAUCCGGCAGACAUUGAAGAAGGCGACGAUGUGUAUUUCGAGUGCAAGAUCGAUGCCAAUCCACCCGCCUAUAAAGUGAUUUGGAAGCACAACGGUCAAGUGGUCCAGGGAAAUGUGAAAAGCGGCGUGAUUAUGAAUCAAAAGGACCUGGCACUUCAAAACGUCAAGAGACAGCAGGCGGGUAACUAUUCGUGCUUGGCUAGCAACGUGGAGGGAGACGGCGAGAGCAACGUCGUCCGGCUAACAGUCAUGUACAAACCGGUGUGCAGGCACAACCAGAAGCUGACGUAUGGGGUGGCCCGGAACGAGAACACGGAAAUUGUGUGCGAGGUGGAUGCAUAUCCAGCACCGGACGUAUUCAAGUGGACAUUCAAUCGGACGGGCAGCGUGGCGUCCGAAAUCGGCAGCAACGAGGUGGUCCAACACACCCGACCGGGUGGAAGCGAAUCCGGAAGUGGCGGUGGCGGUUCGUCGUCCAGCAAGCGUGGCAAACUAUCCUCGGUGCUCACCUACAGUCCUUCAGUCAUGGGAAUGGGUGGUGGCGGUGGAGGUAGUGGAAAUGGAGGCAACGUUGGAGACAACGAUUACGGAACUGUCACUUGCCGCGCUUCGAACACCGCCGGACAGCAAAUCGAGCCUUGCGUUUUCCACGUGAUCGCAGCCGUGAGACCCGACCCACCAUUCAACUGCACUUCCGGUGACCGGACGCUGUUCUCGGUGCACGUGUGGUGCACGCAAGGGUUCGACGGGGGCGUCGCUCAACGCUUCGCCUUGGAGGCGUACGACUCAGCGGGCCGCGCUGGCGCCGCUGACGGAGGGCCGUAUGGUCCGGACGACGGGUACGGCGGGCCCGCGGUGGCCGCAGAUGGACCGGCGCCACCCAUGUUGGCCAACCUGACGGCCGACCGACCGGACUUCACGCUCCGACAGCUGUCGCCGUCCGUCGGGCUCCGGUUGGCCGUGUACGCGUACAACUCGCGUGGUACCAGCGACCGCACGUGGCUUACCGCCUACACACUCAACUCGGCCGACAAGCAGACCACUUCCGGUUCGUCUGCCGUGGGAGCCGGUGGCAACGACCGUUUCCGGCUGACGCCAGUGGUCGCCGGCCUUUUGGCCAUCACCAUUGUGUCAGCCGUGGCCGCAGCUGCGGUGAUGUGCGCCCUCCGUGUACGAUCUCGGCGGCACCGGAACCAACGUCGGCAGGACUUGUGUGGCGCCGGAACUGGCAGCGUUAUGGGUGGAGGUAUUGGCGGUGGAGCUGCCGUAAUCGCCGUGUGCAAGCAGAAAGCGGACGACGACGACGAAGAGUACGCGGCGGCAGCAUCGGACCCAGACAAAAAUCCAGACCUGAUCCCGCCGACUAAAAUUAAAAGCGGAAGCAGAGGCAAUAUCGGAUACCGUGUUGUCCAACAACAGCCGAUGAUGGGAUUAAAUGACAACGAUGAUGAAAACUUGGAUGCUGCCGAAUCAUCAGACGAUGAACGAUCCGGUUACCCGACACUUCCGGUCGACGGUAUUGGCUCGCGCCCAUCCGUCAGUUCACUCCGACACCCUGCUACAUCAGUUGGACCUGGUUAUAGCAACAACGGCUAUAGGCCUGAACAACAUAUGUCGACAACCAUAGCGGUAUCAUCCCGGUUACCACCUUACCAUCAUCGGGAAAUCGUUACGGUCCGAACUCCAUUGAUGUCUAGCCAACAGGAAAGCUGCGUUUAAAUAUAUUAUUACAAACGUGUAUUCGUAUGAUAAUAUUAUUUUAUGUAAUGUAUACAUAAAAUACAUAGUCCUAUAGUCCUAAUUAUUAUUAUUAUUAUCAU